AACUCCCUUCCCUUGGUCCUUUCUGCUCUGUUGCUUUGUCACACCACUCAGCUCUCUUUCUGAGACCUCCUUAUACACUCCCUCAUGGUUGGCUCUGUGUAUAAAGUGUGUCCUGGUGAGGCUGGAGGUUCUGCACAUGUACUUUCCUCUGAAGACACCAGAUGAAGUCUCUUGGAAUGGAUGUAUACAAAGCUAAAGUGGCAUCUUUGUAAGUACAAUGGAUAACGCCCAUGGCACAGAGGUCAAGUUUAGACUAGAUGAGGGAACUGAGCAUCCCACGGCCCUGAGAGGACAGUGGUCCAGCAAAAUAGAGUUUCUCUUGGCUGUUGCAGGACAGAUUAUAGGGCUGGGAAAUGUGUGGCGGUUUCCUUACCUUUGCUACAAAAAUGGAGGAGGGGUAUUCUUUAUCCCAUACAUACUUUUCCUUUUCUCCUGUGGCAUCCCCUUGUUUUUGCUGGAAACAUCCAUUGGCCAGUACACAAAGCAGGGAUCAAUCACCUGUUGGAAGAAAAUUUGCCCACUUUUUGAGGGGAUGGGUUAUGGCUGUCAAGUGGUUGUUUUGUACUCCAGUAUCUAUUAUAUAGUGAUACUAGCCUGGGCAUUCCUGUAUCUCUUCUCUUCUUUCAACUCUGAACUUCCAUGGGCUACCUGUCGAAACAGCUGGAACACAGAAAACUGUGUGGAGUUUGAUCAAAAAUCGGAUUACUUCAACAUGACUAUUCCUGAAAAUGCAACUUCACCAGUGAGAGAGUUUUGGGAGAGGCGAAUUUUAAACAUCACAGGCAGCAUUGAAGAAUUGGGCAGUAUUAGAUGGGAGUUGGCUCUCUGUCUGCUAUUGUCUUGGAUCAUCUGUUACUUCUGUGUGUGGAAAGGAGUCAAGUCUACGGGAAAGGUGGUUUACUUUACUGCUACUUUUCCUUAUUUGAUGCUUGCUGUGUUGCUCAUCCGGGGAAUCACAUUACCUGGAGCCUCUGAUGGCAUAAAGUUCUACCUUUAUCCAGAUCCAUCUCGCCUUGCCGAUCCACAGGUAUGGAUGGAUGCCGGGACGCAAAUAUUUUAUUCCUUUGCAAUCUGUAUCGGUUGUCUAGUUGCACUGGGCAGUUAUAAUAAGUACAACAAUAACUGCUACAAGGAUUGUGUGUAUUUGUGCCUGUUGAACAGUGGAACCAGUUUCGUCGCUGGUUUCGCCAUCUUUUCUGCACUUGGAUUCAUGGCCUAUGAGCAGAACACAGACAUAUCAAAAGUGGCGGAAUCAGGACCUGGUUUGGCGUUUAUCGCCUAUCCUCGAGCCGUGGCCAUGAUGCCUUUUCCUCAGCUUUGGGCAGUAUUUUUUUUCAUAAUGAUUAUUCUUCUGGGACUGGAUAGUGAGUUUGUAGGUCUUGAAGCUCUCACAACGGCAAUAUCUGACCUGUAUCCCUCCUUCUUCCUAAUCGGCCAUCGACGUAAACUUCUGCUUCUAGGCCUCUGUGCUGUCAGCUUCUUCAUUGGUCUUAUCAUGGUGACGGAAGGUGGACUAUACAUCUUCCAGGUGUUUGACUACUAUGCCUGCAGUGGAAUGACUUUGCUCCUGUUUGCUAUCCUGCAGUCUGUGGGCAUUGGAUGGGUGUAUGGCGCUGAGCGCUUUUACGAUAACAUCGAGGACAUGAUCGGAUACAGACCGUUUCCCCUCAUUAUGUACUGUCUGAAAUACGUCACUCCAGUGAUUUGCAUGGGGACUUUUAUUUUUUCCUUGGUUAAGUACACCCCUCUGAAGUUUAACAAUACAAUAGAGUACCCAUGGUGGGGUUAUGCUCUGGGCUGGUGGUUCACGCUCUCUUCAACCCUCAUAGUUCCCAUCUGGAUGCUGUACAAUCUGGUAAAAACUCCUGGUACCCUACGAGAGGUAAGCAUUUUCAUAUCUGCACAGAAUAAAAACAUUUCUAAUCAACUUCUGUUAAAACGUCUGUGCUUCUGUUGCAGAGGAUGUCUAUCCUGUGCACUCCAGCUGAAGACCUUCCUUUGACCAAGUCAGAAAAAAAAGCUUUGGAACUUCUCAACUUGCCCCAGUCUAUGAGUAACGUGGAGUGACAAGGACAAUCAGUCCCAUAGGAUGAGACAUACUUCAGGUUCGCUAAACCUGAUCCCUUCGUGCCAUCUUUAAGAUGUUUGAACUCUAAAGUCGGAUCCUAAAACAGCCCUUAAUCAAAAUGCACAGAAAACAUUUAAAUUCCCCAAAUAUUUUCCUAUAUUUCCUUUUUUUUGAUAAUAUAAAAUAUCAUUAUUCAACAACCAAUGCACUUUGGAUGUGUUACUUGUUGGCCAAUUAAGCACUACAGAGUUUAAUAGUCAGUAUGAAAUAUUUUAGUUUCUUCGUCGUCUUUGUUUUUUUUAACUUACUAUUAAAAACAAAAUAAGUGUAAAAGAGUUUUCUUCUAUGGCAAAAGAACUUUUGAACAAAUUGACACUUAAAAUCCUGUUACAUAAAAUCUAAAUGUUUUAAUCCUCCAUCAGCAUGCACAGGAUUUACUGUACAUGGGUUUGUUUUUUUUGGCAAAACAGA